AUGAUGUUAACCGUGUGUAUUGUGUGUUUCCAGGUGAGCCGUGUUCCAGUGGAGAGCUGUGAGCAGUACUCCUCCUGCAGCGCCUGCCUGGGUUCAGGAGAUCCCCACUGUGGCUGGUGUGUCCUCCACAAUGUGUAAGUACUGUAUGCCACACAGAGCUGCUCUGACUCUGCAUACGUCACAUUACUAUGUUCUCAACUCCAUAGUAUCAAGUCACCACAACUGAAGAACCAAAACUCUCUCUGUCAGGUGUUCGAGGAAGGAUCAUUGUGAGAGGGCUGAUGAGCCUCAGCGUUUUGCCUCCCGAGUGGAGCAGUGUGUCAAACUCAGUGUCCAGCCUGGAAACAUCUCUGUCACCAUGUCCGAAGUGCAGGUAACUCACCUGACAAUACAUCCUGUGUGUGUGUGCUCGUGUGUGUGUGUGUGUGUGUGUGAGAGAGAGAGUAUAUGUUUCGAUAACUGUUUUGGUUAGUGUGUGUAGACGUGUUUAACUAUACUUGUGGGGACAAUAGUAAACAAACUAAAAUUUGACUAACUGGGGACAUUUUGUUAGUCCCCACAAGAUCAAAUGCUAUUUCUAGGGGGUUUAGGGUUAAGGUUAGAAUUAGUGUUUGGGUUAGAAUUAGGUUUAGGGUUAGGGUUAGGAGCUAGGGUUAGUUUUAGGGUUAGGAGCUACGGUUAGGUUUAGGGUUAGGAUUAAGGUUAGGUUCUCAGGUUAAGGUUAGGGUUAGGGUAAGGGUACGGGUUAGGGUUAGGGUUUGGUUUAGGGAAAAUAGGAUUUUGAAUGGGACUGAAUUGUGUGUCCCCACAAGGUUAGUUGUACAAGACUGUGUGUGUGUGUGUGUGUGUACGCAUGAGUGUUUGUCCUCAUAUUGACUUGUCCCUCACACUCUCCUCUCUCUCUGUAUUCCUAGCUGGUGCUGCAGGCCCAGAAUGUGCCUAACCUUUCAGCAGGGGUCAACUGCUCCUUUGAGGACUACACUGAGACAGAGGGACGUAUCUUUGGGGGACGCAUUUACUGCCUGUCCCCUUCCACCCGAGAGGUCGCCCCCAUCACACGCAACCAGGGUGAGAAAAGAAUCCACAGCAUCCUCAUGCUGCUAUUUGCUAGUAAUAUACAUCAGUUACACUGUGUUAACAAAAUUGUAUUAUUGUAUUAUUUGUUUGUGUGUAGAAUGUGUUAUACUGACGUACUGUGACUCUUUCUAGGGGACAAGCGUACUGUGAAGCUGUAUCUGAAGUCUAAGGAGACAGGAAAGAAGUUUGCCAGUGUGGACUUCGUCUUCUACAACUGCAGUGUGCACCAAUCGUAAGUUCGGUUUUAAGUCAUUGUGUGUGUGAGAGAGUAUGAAGAGAGAGAGAGAGAGAGGAGAGAGAGAGAGAGAGAUAGAGAGAGAGAUGCUCUAUAUGUCGCUCUCUAUCUCUCUCUCAUAUCUCUCUCUCUCUCUCUCUCGUCUCUCACUCUCGCUCUCUCGCGCUUCUCUCUCUCUCUCUCGCUCUUCUCUCAUCUCCUCUCUCAUCUCUCUCUCUCUCUCUCGCUCUCUACUCUCGUCGUCUCUUCUCUCCCUCUCUCCUCUCUCUCUCUCUCUCUUCGCUCUCUCUCUCUCUCUCCAAUCUGCUCCUCAUCCUCUUGCCUUCCAGUCUCUCCUCUUCUCUCCCUCUCUUCUUCCCUCCUUCCUCUCUCCUACCUCCUUCUCUCUCUCUCGCUUACUGCCUCUCCUCACUCUCGCUCUACAUCUUCUUCCUCGUCUCCCAUUCUCUCUCGCUUCUCUAGUACUGCAUCUCCGUCCCUGGCAACAAAGGGGAACGGGCUCAAUAACAAAUCGAUCUGCUUCUCUACUCCUAUCCUUUCUAAAAGUGAUCAGUGUUUCCCUGUUCUCCAUCCUCUCUACAUCGUCUAAACUGCGUUACGUGGCUCUUCGUUCCUCUCUUAUCGUACAGUCAAUCCUGAUAAGGGAUCCUCCAAUCAAAACUAUGACAUCGCUAGCUCUCGUAACUGUGUCCUGACUACACCAUCAUCGCUCUCUAAAUCCCUCUCAGAUUGUCUUCUUUAUCGUCGACUCGUUCUGACAUGGGGUAGAGGGGCAUCCAAUCCCUGACUGCAUCUCAUCUAGCCGGCUAGCCAUCGGUGGAAUCUGUGUCGUCUACUCUUACUAAAUUGAGGAGGGUAUAAUGCCAUAAUCGGGAAAGUAUAUGCCUCUUCAAAAUUGACGGCGAGGGCGAGGCUGGGUCGAUACUCUCAUUGUUGUUUCUCCUAGCUCUGCUAUCCUCUCAUACUCCAAUUACACUCCCUCUCUUCCGUAUACUCUAUCUCUCUCCAUCGAGGCGAUGCUCUAGUUCCUGCUGACAUCUUCUGCCCAAGGGCCACGCAUGGCGUUGCCUGUAGCCUCUUGGUGGCUUCUGAUCCUUCCUGAGAGACGUGGAGCUCAGGAGAUAUCAGACGAGUCUCUCUCAUAGCGAAUGAAGCUCCGUCUGCAUUAGCUUGGAAAGAAGAGAACGUCGGUAGUACAGAUAAAGGCAAAACUCACGAGGAACUCAGCAGGGGGAUCGCGCUGCAUUUGGAUACUAGCAGCACGGGAAAAUGGGGUGCUACGGGGGAAAAACGUUCGGGUAGCUGGGACAGACCUGCUACAUCUUGCAUUCACGCUCUGAAAAAUUCGUAGCGAAGUCAUCUCUCGACUAAGGACUCUCGGACCUGUCACCGUGCAAAUCUCCUCAUCGCUCUCUACUUCUCAGGUGGCAUAUAACCCGAACCACUCUACUAAUAAUAACUCACUCUUCAAUCAGUCAUCUCUCGGUCUGGUCUUGUUAGGUACACUCAUACUUCUCUUGCCCUGCUCUCGUCCAUCUCCUCCGACGAUUGAGAGGAGUGCUGACGGAAUCUUCUGCUGCAAAUCCUAUCGGGAGGUGAAGAAUCUCUCUAUCUAGGUGUAGGUGUUAAGUAUGCCUCUCUGCGCUCAGUCUGCGUACUGUCUCCUCGUCUCUCACGAGGUCAAAAACCGUGACUAAUAAAGGGAAAACAAAACAAGACUUUCUAAGCGAUCUGACGGAGCCCAAAUCAUGUGAAGACUCCUUCCUCGCUGCGGACCCGUCCUUAAAGUGCAAGUUAGUUAGGCUCUCGGUCUACUGGCUUUACUCAUCAUCUCCAGUCACUGCCUGCGAAGUCCAUCAUUUCUAUACAGGUUCAGGUUCUUUACGAACCGAUCAUAAUUUUACACAUCGUGGUACACUAUUGCGUACUGCUGAUUGAGAUCUACUCUUUAAUUAAUGUACUAAAACAUCUAAUAACUUGGAGCUCCUCUGAUUAAUUGAUAAUGUGUUACUACUCUGAAUUAUGUUACUUUCCAUCUGAGAUCUGUCUCUUUCUUUCCCUCGCUCCCUCCCGUCAUCCAGCCCAUUCUCUCCACAUCCUGCCUGGAGGCUCUCAGACCCUGUUUCUAUCCCACUCCCCUAGCUCUGCCUUUCACUAAACAUAGAUAUGGGCCAAAGACCCCCAUCUCCCCUCUCACCCUCAUCAUUUCCCACUCCAUUACUGUAUCUUUCAUCUCUCUCUCUCCCUUCCUCUCUUCUUUUCCUUCCACAUCCUCUCACUUCCUCUCUCAUUCCCUUUCCCCUUAUUUAUCUUCUUCAUCUCCUCCCCUCUACCACUCCCCUACCCCCCUCCUCCUCUCCCUCCCCUCUACCACUCCCUUAUCUCCUCUCCUCCUCUCUCCUUCUCUCCUCUCUCCUGUUGGUCCUCUCUCCUGCUGGUCCAGAUGUUCUUUGCCCCUCUUCUCUGCUUUUAUUUAUCAAACAGAUUGUUUUCCUGGCCCCUGCUCUGUGAGCUGCAUACAUUAGCAUAGCAAUAUUCUCCUAAUUAGCUGGCCUGGCGCCCCAUUAGAGCUGGACAUAAUGGAGAGCGUAUGUAAAGUGUUCACCUGGACCUCUUAUCAAGACCUGGUUCAAUGUCUUUGAACCUAGAGGAUGUGUCAUUAUUUAUGCGCCUCUGUAUAUGUAUGUGUGUGUGUAUGUGUGUGUGUGUGUGUGUGUGUGUUUGUGUGUGACAGGGCUGGUUAAGCACCCCCACCAUUCCUCUCUCCUCUCAUUGAAUAAGCAGGCGUAGCGAGGUCUUUGAUGUGCAGUAUGCAACACACUCCCUCAGGACAGUACACUACGGUCUAAUUUUAACAGCCCAGCAUCAUCAGCCACACAGAACCUCCUGACCUACUCCCCUCCUGACCCCUGACCCCAGUGUGUGUAGGCUGCCAAUGGGCCGGGCAUGCCAACGCACCCGCUGGGAAAUAAAGAGCUUUUCGUCAGAGGCGACAGGCAUUGUGGGCGGGGAGGGCACUUUAUUUGGCAAGGCAAAUUAUCCCGCCAGGUAUUUACAUACACAGUAACAAUAUUAGAGUUUUGCAUUAAAAAGACAGCCGGACUAGUUUAAUUGAGUGUGUGAGGGACUGAAUGCAUUUUUAACGUGAGGAGCAUGGAGGAAGAGAUGGAGAGGGGGGUGAAAACAAGUGAAGGAGAGAUGGAUUGUGCCCAUUGUGUCGGGGAUAAUGCGUCCAGAGAGCUAAAAGGUUAGCGCCUAAACCAAUCCACAAUUCCCGUUAGAAUACGAAAAGAAGGAUGAAAUGCAUGCAGGGAUUGGGAGCUCUUGAAAAGGCCCACUCAUGGAAAGCAGAGAACCCCUCGACAGGCUCUCGUAGGAGGGGUGGGUGUUCACAGUAUCCCCCUAAUACUGGACCAGCCUGGUUGGUUGACCACCUGGAGACAUUUCACUGUUGUAACAGGACAAGAACAUAAGGCUACAACAUUCUGAUAACGUUCUAUCAAUGUAAAGAAUGGUUUAGAUGGGAGGAAGAGGUCUUAGUUUGUGGUAUCCACUCUCACUUCAAUGAUCCCUAUAGUAUUUCCAAUCUAACAUGGACUUUGUUCUCUGAGCAUACUGAUCUAUCUAUCAGAGAUCACACUUUAUGUGUUAGGAUAACAAAUAGAGAACAGAGACAUUGCCAGACAUCCGAUAGAUGUUCUGAGUUGUUAGAUUUGAGAUAGAGGGGGUUAGAUGAGUUUGUUAUUGCCCAGGUUCAGGUGUGAUAUUACCAGUCAGCAGAGGGUGAGUGAUGGGGCUCUGGUCCAGGCAUGAUGCCACUCUACCUGGCAGUACUGAGUCUAAUAGUCUGGAUCUCCAGUCCCUUUCCACUGCCUCUCCUCUCCCUAUUCUCUCAUCUAGCUUUCCUCCUGAACCAGGCAGAACAAAGGAAACUCACAGUCCCUCAGCCUCUGAGUGUUUAUUCACCCAGCUCCUGAAUAAGCAGUAUUGAAACAGUAAAGCAUGUUUGUAAUUUAAGCAGAGACAAAGAAAGCUGGAAUUAAAUAUUAUAAUGAUGUCAAUGGAUCUGUGUUUACUGAUACCGAAAUGAAAUAAAUGUUUACAUUGGGAAAGGUCUACUGUAGGUCUGCUGUAAUAUAUAUACACUACAGUAUGUAGACUUAAAGAAACGGAUUCUAUAUUUGAUUAAGUAGCCAUGUAUGGUCUGAUUAGCAGCCAGGAAACAUUGACUUGUUUGCUGUAGCACACUCAGAGCACUGCAGAGACUUUGACUUCCUGCUGUAGGACAUGGUGUGUCUCUGUGUGUGUCCCUGUACGUCUCUGUGUGGUGCUGAGAAUCAGCAGGGUUCAAAGAGCAUUGCCCCCCUCUUCUGUCUGGAUCUAGCUGGGAUCAAUAGACCUAGAUGUCUGGAGACUAGAAGGCAUUAUCCCCUUAGAAGCAAACAAAUAGCAGGCUGUUAGCAUAGCACAAAUCCCCCCCCCCCCCCCCCCCCCCCCCCCCCCCUCUCUCUCUCUCUCUCUCUCUCUCUCUCUCCCUCCCUCCCUCCCCAUCGAAACACACAUACAGGAAUCGAUUAUAGACUUUAUCCCGUAGAGCUAGGAUGGUAGUGGGUCCUGCUUAUUAUAGUAGUCUGGAGCUCUGCUACACAUGCCUCAUUCUGUCACUGGAAUAUGGGAGUAGGAGGCAAGUUAAAGGGCUUUGUAGAACUCAUAAAGAUUUUUGAGAAAUCAAUGUGUUUAUGUGGGGCGAAGUGGAGUGUAGUCAAACUAAUGCAUGUAUUUUAUUUUAUCCCAUUUUUACUCUCCUGUAGCUAUAACAACCUUGUUGAGGCUGCUGGUAAUCCAUGUUCAUUUAUGCUUUCUGAACUAAGGAAAAUGGAGUCUGGAGAAAAAUUGGGCUUAUCUGGGCCUUGCAGCUUAUUUGAAUGUAAGCCUUUGAACAUGUUGAAUAGGAAGGAGGAGUAUAUCGCUCUAGCCAUUUUCCUCUCUAUGGUUAUUUUACUGUCUGUUGAAGACAUGGCAACUGGAAGAGGAAAACAUUGCUCUGCUCUGCUCUUCUCACACCUAUCUGUGGCUUAUACAGAUGCUUCAAUGUGCUUUAGCCUUUGACCAAGCACUCCUACCAUGCUAUACUGUUAGCUCCAAGGGCCAAUAAUCACAGUUUCUUAAGAACAUAGAGACACACUGACACAUUCUUCCUGAAGUAAGAUAGUUACUCUAUCGAAGGGACUUUAAAAGUUUGAGGUAGAUGAGCCAGGAGUCUCAGACGCAAGGGUUGGUCCUGGACGUCUAUUUUAGAGGCUUAUUGGUCAAUUAACUGAGUCACAUGUUUCAUUAAGGAGCUUGUCGUAUCCUGGAGGGCUGUGUUGUAUUCUACUGUUGCUUCUAAAUGAUUGUUAAAUAACUUACUUGGACAAAUCACCAGCAGAAGUUAUCUCUAUAUGAGUUUGUGUUACAGUAUUAAGAGCCUGAAGUGUUUUUUUUUUUUUUUUUUUUAAGUUCUGUGAGAGUGAAAUUAAUAGAAUACAAAUCAUGUUGUGUUUGUUUUUCAAAUACAGUCAAUCAAUCACUUUUACUGCUGUAACUCUGAAUUUUAACCAAGCCAAUUCCUGAAGCAAUAUAUUGUGUGCCUUCUGUGUGUAUCAUACAGUCAUUGAUGUGUGUGUGUGUGACCAUAGGAGACCUAGCUUGUUUUUUCAAUCACAUGAGAUUCAACUUAACUCUAGACCAUGGAGUCACACAUUUGAUUAGGAGAGUGGUGUCGGUCAAUAUAAUGACCUAGCUAUAUACCUCUCUCCUUUCUCUUUUCAUCCCUCUUUUAAUCUAAUCUACCUGUUUACCUGUUUCCCCGCUGCCUGUCUAUCUUUCAGUCUUCAUCUCUUUCACUCUCUACCUCUCAGUAUUGUAGCUGUUGAUAAAGGAUGAAUAGUCCACAGUCACUCAUCUUAAUCAGACUUUUACCUCUCCCUCUUUCAUUUCCAUCAGCCUCUCAUUCAACCUGCCUCUUCAACAUGGAAAUAGAUGUUGAUAGUGGUUAGAAAAUAAGUAUGUGAGACUGAGAGUAGGUUGUUAGGCAAGGACAGCCAUUUAAACAGUCUAUGAAUGUUUUUGUUUUGUUUAUUUGUUUAAGAUUCUCUGCAGUGACUCAAUCUCUCUCUCUGUUUACAGGUGUCUGUCAUGUGUCAAUGGCUCGUUCCCCUGCCACUGGUGUAAAUACCGUCACAUGUGCACUCAGAACGCCAACGACUGUUCCUUCCAGGAGGGUCGUGUCAACGUGUCAGAGGUGAGAGAUCCCCUCUGUCCCAAAAUACUUCACACUGUCUCCCUGUGUAACAACCAUCUCUUCAGUAACACAUUCAAUUGAUGACGCCAGUCAGUGUUAUACCCACUCAUACACUGUAAAACCUGUCACAAAACAUGCAUUCACACACACACACACACACACACACACACACACACACACACACACACACACACACACACAUAUACAAACAUGCAUGCACGUACACACACUCUCACACACACACUUCCUCCCGUUGAUGAGAGUGAUCCACGUGCUGGCUGAUGUCCAGGAGUCUCCAGCUGGGCUCUUGGUGUUGUCGUGCCACCAUGCCUGGGCCUCAGAGUGAUGCUAUCAGUGUUUCAGCAGCAGCUGUUUAAAUAAAACCAGCCCUGGAUUUAUGCACUUAUAAACAGGCCAGGGUGAAUGACUAUGCAAAUUGUAUCGUGUUCUACAUUUCCAAAUGUUACAUUUGCAUGAAAACCAAUAUCAAUCUUAUCCCUGCUCUGCUCUCUCUCUCUCUCCCGCCCCGACCGUGGAAUGCCAAGACAAAGUGCACGCUCUGUGGUGCUAUAGAAGAGUGAACUGUUUACUGGCAGAACACAGCCCUCCAUCACACACACGCACGCACACACACACACUGUACAAAAAUGUACAAAACAAAUCACAAACUCAGUCACACACACACCAACUAUAACAAACAAACAAACAAAAUCUCCUUCACCCUCCAAACCUUAAUCUCUCAACCCACUGAUCCCUGUAACAAUCACCUAUUUAAAAGUGUAAAUUCACAUUUACAUCCAUGUCAAGUGACCUGGGGGGACGUGAAACCCUGAUCUGUUCAGACACUGUGUUCUGCUGUUCAGUGCUGCGAGCAUCUGUGAAUGCACCUGAUGUAUACAUGUGUUUGUCUUGGCUACAUGCAGAGCAGGUUCCUUAUCUCUUUGCUGGCGGAACACCUUUCCCAUGCGUCUGGGUUACAUUGUGGUUUAUUUAUUAUGUUAAUUGGUCAUGAGGUAUCCUACCUCAAUCCAAUUACGGGCCACAGCUUUUAUCUCCUCAGCGAAGCUGAAGCCGCACACAUUCUCUCUCUCUCUCUCUCUCUCUCUCUCUCUCUCUCUCUCUCUCUCUCUCUCUCUCUCUCUCUCUCUCUCUCUCUCACUCUCACUCUCACUCUCACUCUCACUCUCACUCUCACACUCUCACCUCAAAGAGGAAAUUACAUGGAUUUACAGCCUGGUCUCAUAGACAAGACGUAAAUAUAGAUCCGGGACACUCAAAUUAGUAUGAUAUGUUACGUUUGGUGUGGUUACAACAGAAGGAUAGUAGUGUGGAUGGGUAGGUGUAUAAUGCGUAUGUCUAGCAACCCAAAGGUUGUGUGUUCGAAUCUCAUCACGGACAACUUUAGCAUUUUAGCUCAUUGGAACUACUUACCACCUAGCUAACGUUAGCCACAACAUGCAAUACAUUACCAAAAGUAUAUGGACACCUGCUCUUCGAACAUCUCAUUCAGAAAUCAUGGGCAUUAAUAUGGAGUUGGUCCCCCUUUUGCUGCUAUAACAGCCUCCACUCUUCUGGGGAGGCUUUCCACUAGAUGUUGGAACAUUGCUGCGGGGACUUGCUUCCAUUCAGCCACAAAAGCAUUAGUGAGGUCGGGCACUGAUGUUGGGUGAUUAGGCCUGACUCGCAGUCGGCGUUCCAAUUCAUCCCAAAGAUGUUCGAUGGGGUUGAGGUUAGGGCUCUGUGCAGGCCAGUCAAGUUCUUCCACACCGAUCUCCACAAACCAUUUCUGUAUGGACCUCGCUUUGUGCACGGGGCAUUGUCAUGCUGAAACAGGAAAGGGCCUUCCCCUAACUGUUGCCACAAAGUUGGAUGCACAGAAUCGUCUAGAAUGUCAUUGUAUGCUGUCGCGUUAAGUUUUCACUUCACUGGAACUAAGGGGCAUAGUCCGAACCAUGGAAAACAGCCCCAGACCAUUAUUCCUCCUCCACCAAACUUUACAGUUGGCACUAUGCAUUCGAACAGGUAGCGUUCUCCUGGUAUCCGCCAAACCCAGAUUUGUCCAUCGGACUGCCAGAUGGUGAAGCGUGAUUCAUCACUCCAGAGAAUGCGUUUCCACUGCCCCAGAGUCCAAUGGCGGUGAGCUUUACACCACUCCAGCUGACACUUGGCAUUGCGCAUGGUGAUCUUAGACUUGUGUGCAGCUGCUCGUGCAUGGAGCUCCCGACAAACGGUUAUUGUGCUGACGUUGCUUCCAGAGGCAAUUUGGAACUCGGUAGUGAGUGUUGCAACCGAGGACAGACGGUUUUUACGCGCUACGCGCUUCAGCACUCGGUCAUUCCCUUCAGUGAGCUUGUGUGGCCUACCACUUCGCAGCUGAGCCGUUGUUGCUCGUAGACGUUUCCACUCCACAAUAACAGCACUUGCAGUUGAUCAGGGCAGCUCUAGCAGGGCAGAAAUUUGACAAACUGACUUGUUGGAAGGGUGGCAUCCUAUGACGGUGCCACGUUGAAAGUCACUGAACUCUUCAGUAAGGCCACUCUAUUGCCAAUGUUUGUCUAUGGAGAUUACAUGGCUGUGUGCUACAUGUUUUACACCUGUCAGCAAUGGGUCUGGCUGAAAUAGCCGAAUCCACUAAUUUGAAGAGGUGUCCACAUACUUUUGUAUAUAUAGUGUAUCAUACGUAUCAUACGUGUAUCAUAUGUAUAUAGUGUAUCAUGCGCAAAUUAAUAACAUUGUAUCAAUUGCAAUUCAUAACAUAUCAUACAAAGUAUAAUUUGUAACAUGUCGUCGAAAUGGAUGAUGGAUAUCUACAAAUUAAUACAUACCAUACGAAACGUAACAUUUCAUACUAACUGGUGUGUCUCGGAGUUACGUUUACUAUGUUACAUCUACCCCUGAGUCCAGGUUGGGAUUAACAUUCUGUUACUGUAAAACCAAUGCUCGCUUUCUCACUGCUUGCAAAGCUCCAGUGGAAAAUGCUGCAAAGUGUUUAAUCUCAGAGAAGAGAAUUGGCAUGCGUUCAUACAUGGUGGUGGAGGGGCUGGGCUGUGGGGAAAGGUUGUGUGUGAAAGAAUUAAGGAACUCUCUAUCAGGGGGUAGAGAAAAGAGGGGAGAGUUAAGCGAUAAAAACAUUUUAUGUAUUUAUUUAACCUUUAUUUAACUAGGCAAGUCAGUUAAGAACAAAUUCUUAUUUACAAUGACGGCCUACAUAAAAUGAAGUGUGUUGGUGUUGGUCAAAAUCGUAGACUAAACGCCAUCCGAAGUGGUACUACUGCUGUGACAAUCAAUCAGCCUGUUCUUCCCCCUGAGCUGAGCUGUAAUCCAACCAAACCACACACAUACUCUGUACUUCCAGCACUGAUAUUUUUUCUUUUGGUGCAUAGGUUACCAUGGUUACAUGGCCAGUCCGUCUCAAUAGGCGUGUUACACACAGAUGCCAUUAUUUUAUGUUGCACAAUGCCAAUGCCACAAUUUUUCCUUUCUUUUGAUGGACUUUUAAUGCAUCAUUGUCGAUAACGGAAAGAGUUAAGUUGAACCCAAAAUGUAUACAAAACAACAGAUUUCAAUGGAGGAAGGGUUUUGAGUGGGAAGGAAAUGUACGCAACAUUUUGACAUAAUGUGUAAAUAAGUCUGAGAUUUAUUCCAUUAUCACUCUAUCGCCAAGUCACUCUCAACUGUUAUCUGUGUGCCCACUGAUUUGCCAAAAUGCAUUUCUCAUAGUUGUGUGUCCACCAGCAUUGUAACUAAGUCCCCCGAUGUAAUGAGUAACAUUUGCAAAUCAAAUGUAUAUCAAUCAGCAUCCACCCGACAGACAAUAAACAAAGGAGCACAUUAAAUCCGACCAGGCAGAAAAUUGCUUGAGUAAGCCGCACAUGAGAAACCCAUCAGGAUAAAUGAAUUAACAAACAAACUAACAUUGAAACAAACAAAUGUGUUGUCAUGGACAGUGGCUGUGGGUUGGGUCUGUUGGUCUGGUAGAGGUAGUGGCUGUCUGUCUCUCUGUGAGUUUGAAGCCAGUCUCCAACAUUGGGAUGGGAUCGCUAUAGAAUUGGGCUUAGUUAAAGGUUCAAAUCUCGAAUAGGAAGGAGUUACAAUAUAUCCAAAACCUGAUUAUACAAUAUACUGAUUAUACUCCCUAUGGAGUUCCUUAUGUUCAGUUACACUGUGUUAUAUCACCCAUUAGGGAAUAAUACACUUCUGCUACUUUUCCUUGUCCAAUUCAUAACCAUUAGAGCAGCAUUGGCUGUACAGAUGUACAAAUGGAGAUGUCUGGAUGAACUAACAUUAGUCUUUCUGCUGCUAAUUAGAUGAUGAAUCAAAACGACAGAGUGAGGUAAUGUGCAGCUCUGUUCUCCGCCUGUCACCCCCAUUAUCUGCUCUGGGGGGUAAAAUAUAGGUCUAGUGUACUUCCUUUGAUUAAGAUACAGAAUUACACACUAGGCUAGCUUUGGCUGACACUUAUAUGGUAGUUAAUGUAUGUUGUCAUUGAUUGUAAUGAAAUAGGAUGUAUCGAGUUGCAUAGCUGUCUGAUAAAGUAUGUACAGUGCCUUUAGAAAGUAUUCACACCCCUUGACUUUUUUUGUUGUGUUACAAAGUGGGAUUAAAAUGGAUUUAAUUGUCAUUUUUUGUAAACGAUCUACACAAAAUACUCUGUAAUGUCGAAGUGGGAAAAAAUUCUAACAUUUGUAAAAAAAAAAAAAUAAAUACAACCACUAAUAUAUCUUGAUUAGAUAAGUAUUCAGCCCCCUGAGUCAAUACAUGUUCGAAUCGAUUACAGCUGUCAGUCUUUCUGGGUAUGUAUCUAAGAGCUUUCCACACCUGGAUUGUGCAACAUUUGCCCAUUAUUCUUUUGAAAAUUCUUCAAGCUCUGUCAAAUUGGUUGUUGAUCAUUGCUAGACAACCAUUUUCAGAUCUUGCCUUAUAUUUUCAAGGAGAUUUAAGUCAAAACUGUAACUCUGCCACUCAGGAACAUUCACUGUCUUAUUGGUAAGCAAGUCCAGUGUAGAUUUGCCCUUGUGUUUUAGGUUAUUGUCCUGCUGAAAGGUGAAUUCCUCUCCCAGUGUUUGGUGGAAAGCAGACUGAACCAGGUUUUCCUCUAGGAUUUUGCCUGUGCUUAGCUCCAUUCCAUUUAUUUUUUAUCCUGAAAAAUUCCCCAGUCCUUAACGAUUACAAGCAUACCCAUAAUAUGAUGCAGCCACCACUAUGCAUAAAAAUAUGGAGAAUGGUACUCAGUAAUGUGUUGAAUUGGAUUUGCCCCAAACAUCAUACUUUGUAUUCAGGACAAAAAGUUAAUCGCUUUGCCACAUUUUUAGCAGUAUUACUUUAGUGCCUUGUUUCAAACAGGAUGCAUGUUUGGAAUAUUUGUAUUCUGUACAGGCUUCUUUCUUUUCACUCUGUUAAUUAGGAUAGUGUUGUGGAGUAACUACAAUGUUGUUGAUACAUCCUCAGUUUUCUCCUAUCGCAGCCAUUAAACUCUGUAAAUUAUUUAAAGUCACCAUUGGCCUCAUGGUUUCCUUCCUCUCCGGCAAUUGAGUUAAGAAGGACGCCUGUAUCUUUGUAGUAACUGGGUGUAUGGAUACACAUUCCAAAGUGUAAUUAAUAACUUCACCAUGCUCAAAGGGAUAUUCAAUGUCUGCUUUUUUUUACUCAUCUACCAAUAGGUGCCCUUCUUUGCGAGGCGUUGGAAACCUUGCUGGUCUUUGUGGUUGAAUUUGUGUUUGAAAUUCACUGCUUGACUGAGGGGCCUUACAGAUAGUUAUAUGUUUUGUUGGGUACAGAGAUGAGGUGGUCAUAAAAAAUGCAAGUUAUUAUGUGACUUGUUAAGCAAAAUUUUACUCCUGGACUUAUUUAGGUUUGUCAUAACAAAUGGGUUGCAUACUUAUUGACUUAUUCCACUUUGACAUUAUGAGAUAUUGUGUGUAGGCCAGUGACCAAAGAUAUCUCAGUUUAAUCAAUUUUACAUUCAGGCUGUAACACAUCAAAAUGUGGAAAAAGUCUAGAGGUGUGAAUAUUUUCUGAAGUUACUGUAUUUAUGAUAAUGCCUCUCCUAGUCCUAAUUGAUGUAUUCAUGCAUUUAGACAGACAUCCUCAGUGCCACCUGUCUCUCCUCAAUGUCUGCCAAGCAUAAUUCCUUCAUUCCCUCAAAUUUACUGUCUGUCUCAUCUGGCUUUUUUUUCUCUUCCCUCUCUCGUGUCUCUGAUGUUGUGAAAGCAUUUCUCCUGUGAGUACACGCAGGCAUGCACACACAAACACACACUAGAGGAAGUGCGUCCAACAGCGUCUUGGUAAACUGCAGUAGCGCUACAGUAAACAGACUGUGAACAGGCGAGGGAGGAGAAGGCCUGCCAAAGAGCCCCAGCUCCAACUCUCAGCCCUGCUCAACUGGCUGUCUUCAUCCCCAAUGUCACGGCUCUGAACAGACCAGCCAACUCCACCAAUACUGCAGCCAGCCUUACGGAAUGGUACAAACAUCUGAGACUGUACCUUUAAUUAUUUAAUUAAUUAGCAAUGUCAAUUAGCGAAAGCGGGUACCUUCUCAUGGUCUCUCACCUUUCGUCGUUAGAUAUGAGUUCUCCCCGCUGUACUGCGACACUGGCACCGGACUAACCCCUCUCUAGCUCUCCCUGGCAGGGGUAGCUGAGUACCAGGUUGCCCCCUCUUUGGUUCUCCCAGGCGCUGCCUCCUGCUCAGGGAUCCAAGCCGGCCACUGAUCUGCACCUACUUUAAUUAUUCAAAGUGUAUUAAAUCUUAAUUUCCAGAUGCCUCAGAUCCUUCUAAUGGAGGCUGGGGAUGAAUGUUAUAUAGAGGAUAGGAGUGGAGAUCCUGGUGAAGGCUUCUUCAUGUGGGGUUUGGUCCAAUGACACCAUCAGGGCCAGCUCCACUUCCUUUAUUUUCUCUUAAAUAAUUCCUACUCAUCUAAUGCUGCUGUCCUAGUUCUCCCCUUCAGAGAAAGUACUGACUCUAGAGCUCCCAUGGCAGUGUCAGCAUAAUACGUUGUCAGUGAUCAUGUUUCAUGUUUGGUGCAAAGCAAGUUCUUUGUACAGUUUGUACAAUAUCAUUCAUCCUUAAGAGUAUAUUGACGCACCCGUGCGUCAAUCUAAGUAACAUAAUAAGAAAAUCCCCAUAAAAAUCAGUCAGUUAAACCUAGAGAUAUAUUUUUUUUGUAUGGGCUGCAUCUCAAUCCACCGCAUAGGCCUAUGUUGCCCUUUCGCAUCUGCGUUGGAAAGUGGCUGAGCUACAGUGGUGUUUAUCAGAUCAUGAGACAUCCUGAAAAUCUGUCUUCUCACGAAAACGUCUGUAGCGUCCGAACGGUUUGGCCUACAAACUAUUAUGACCACUCUAUGGAAAGGGGAGACUCUUCGUUUUGCUCUACGACCCCCACAAGUGUCACGGGACUUGUUUGAAGGUAACCUAUACAAAUAAAAUAAGUAUGGAGGUAGUUUUGUGCCAACAAAAAUAAGGGGUUAAAUAUCUUAUAUCUCCUAGAUGUAGGACAGACACUUCAAAACCUUGUUCCUUAUGAUUAAUUUUUUGGGCUGUAUUUUCUGCCAUUGAUGAAUGUGUUAUUCAAUGCGUUUCUAUGGGCUAUAGUAGUAAAGGCCAAAUUCAAUAGGUUAUCAAAUAAUUUGUAUAAAAAAAAAAAAAUGAAACCAAAAUGGGUCCUCAAAUUCAAAAUCAAACAGCUUAGCUAUCAAACAGUUAUCAUACAUUUAGUUAUACACACAUAUACACCCCCCGAUCUGUAGUGUUAUUAGCCAUAAAGAUUCAGCUACAGUAUCUGUGACUCCCUAGCAGAUUUCUCCCAGGAGAUUCUGACCGUGCGUAUCUCAUCUCCCCAGCUCUCUGGGCUCUCCCUACUCUCCUUGCUGCUCCACAUUAGGACCCAGGAGUGGGCGGACACUCCAAAAGCCUUUUCAUUGUUCAAAGUCCCUUUCAUUUUACCGCUGAGCUCCUAUGAGAGGCUCAUGGUGUCUUAUUAAGCACAGUUCUAUCACCGUGUCUCACUAGAGGACUAGACCUUGGGAACUUUGUUCAUACAACUGUUACUCUUUACAACUUUCGUCUUAGUAAUAAAAUUACAUAGUUACAUAAUAUAGUUAUGUUUAUUGUUGUUUGUUGCACUGUUAUCUUAUGGUCCGAAACACAAUAUAAAUUGUCUGAGCUCAGUAUUUCCUAGCAUCAGAUAUGAAUAGCACCCUGUGUAAUGAUCUGGUGUAUCUACGGUAACACACACCCCUGGGAGUUGGUUGUGGACGCUUAAAUCGAUCUGCAAAGUGUUGCUUAUCACAUUAAGUCUCUGCAUGCAGCCCAGAUACAGUGUGACAGAAACAGACAGGCCAAUCUCUGAUAAAACAAAGCCCAGUUCCAUUUUGUUUUGCUCUAAACAGCUCAUCUCUGUCCAAAUGAAGAGGCCAGCAAGGCACAAUUGGAUUCUGUAGGGAGUGGCCGGCAGGCCUGAAAUCACUGAGAGGCCUUGGUUGUGUUGAUGGAUAUGAUAUGCUGCUCGGUGGCCCCCUUGACCUGUCGGCACCAGAAAUCUAUGGGGACGGGUAUUGGCUCGCAUGAAACCCAGCAAAUCUCAGAGUGAGAUCAUAUUAUUCAGCGUCUCUCUGUUUGUGUCUCCCUCGGGAGAUCUAGUCAUCAUAUCAGAGCCCUUUUUAGCUCUUCCUCUCUGUCUGUCUCUCGUUCCCCUCUGUGUGUUUCGCUUGGUCUGUGUUGCACUGGUCGAUGGAGGUCCUGCUUCUUGCUCGCGGGAUGUAUCAGUAAUCUGCAGCUCUCCAAAAGGGGACCAUCGCACUCCCCCAGAAGCUCGCCCGGUGCCCAAAACCCGCAAAUCCAGACAAACAAAAGGUGUAAUGGGUCCGCAUUCAAAAAGAUGUCUCAUAAAGCUUACUUCAUAUUUCAUUUUAAAAAAUGAUUUUCAAUGCAUCAGGGAUAGCUUACUCUGCAGCUCUGCAGCUCUCUCCUUUCCACACUCGUCCCUCCUCGCCUCGCCUCGCCCCACCACACAGUACACCCCUCUGUCAAUCACAAAGCUACUCAUAUAUCAACACCCCUUGUCGCCAGCAGUGACACACCAUCCUUCAUUUGGAUUGGCCAGGGGGCCUGGAGGAGGAGGCCCAGGAGGUCACAGCCAGCAGCCCCACAGAGAACACCUCAGCAUCCCAUGAUGACAUCACCUCACUACUGUAG